AGGUGCAGAGCUAAAUUAGUAAAAUAAUGGGCUCGAAAGAAACCUUUCAUUCUGAUAUAGUUGAAAUGUCGUAUAUUUGCUGAGCUUUUACAAGAAGAAACUAAAGAAUGGAGGAAGAAGUACUCAAAUGGGGCAAAAUGGAUCAUAAAGGGAUUUUGAGCAAGGUCGUUAAAAAGUAUAAUCCAAAGUUGAAGGGUAGAUAUCAGGUAGAUACUCAAGCAUUGAAAGGUUAUGUAUCUGGAAGCAUCUACGCUGGUGAAUGGUCACCCGUGGAAAUGGAUGGUGAGGGAUCUUACAUACUUCCCCAUGGUGUAGUCUAUGAGGGUAAGCUUAAAGAUGGUAUGUUUCAUGGAAAAGGUGUUCUGACAUACCCUUUAGGACAGAUGGUCGUUGGAGAGUGGUACGAAGGAGAUAUAAUUUCUUGGACCUUCAAAUACAAAAACAUCAAGCAGUGUACUCUGGAUACCUAUUGCAAACAGCCAGACAGGAGGUUCUUGACAACGCUGUACAACGAACUGCUUCCUGCUGGUAAGGAGUACCUGACUAACCAGCAACCGACGAGAAAGAUACCCACAGGUUGCUAUGACGUUGAGGACGGUUUCUAUAAUCCUAAGACGCUAUGGGUUCAUAGCGUUAAGAACAUGAGCAAGGUUCUCUAUAUGCCCCCUCCACGGAGAAAACCAGCUGACCUCUGCUACUUCAGAGACGAGAUGGCGCAUUUCAUCAGGAAGGUACCCUUCGUUCCCAUAUACAGGACGUCUCAGUGGAUAGAGGAAAACUGCAGGAAGGCCUGGGACCAACCCACAGAGUACAAACCCGAGCUGUACGAGUACUGGUACUCUGGUAGGAAGGAUCAAGCAAGAAGACUGAACAUGAGGGUGCAGAAACAGGGGGGUAAAUUCCAUUGGCAGGAGUCGGUUUGCGACGAGCUACUACGAAACUUUGAGAUAGUUGCGGAACGACAGAGAAGGAGAAAGCAAGAAAAGAUGGAAGAGGAGACUGUCGAGAAAGAGGCGUUUGUUCCAAAGAUGGAGCAGUUGGAGGUUAAGUUUGCCAGUAUAGCAAUAACUGAAGAGCCUACUUCCUUAUGGUCAGAUGACAGGUUUAGUUUGGAAGUUCAAGAUUCUGACAGCAAGAAAUUUUCGUCGCAGGUUGAGGAGGGAUCUGAUCAACCUCAAUGAAAGGAUACAAUGUAUUCACUACAGAUUUUAUAUUUA